GUUUGUAGUUAGGAUGCAGACAGCCAGGUUUGUUUAUACACGAUGCAGCUAUUUAAAUGGAUCUGAAAGAAAAAAGCGUGACAAACCAGUCAAACAUAAAAUCACCAAGAGAUGAAGAUUCGCCGAAUCAGGAGAUAAACGUUGCCUGCACUGACAAAUCACAUUCUGAAUCAAUUGAAUUUGUUAAAUCAACAUCAAAUGAAUCUCCAGCAAAUGUAGCGCCUCCUUAUAUGUCCGAGAUUAAUGUACCUCCUAGAAAUGCAUAUCCUUCUUAUGUGGUAGAUUCAUCAGAAAUGAUGCGAAAUGUAUCCGGAACACAACAUAAUACUGAUUCCAGCUCCGAAUCAGAGAAACAUAUUUCAAAAUCACUUCCAAUAAAUCAUUCUGGAACAAAAAGCGAACACCCAAAUUACUCAACAAGCGUAAGAAGUGCAGUUCCAGAAUCACAAGUUCCAAAUUUCACUGAAAAUUCUAAUGGAUCUUAUAUACCAGAACCAGAAAAACCUAUGUCGAAUCCACCGCCAUUUAGUAACAUGGGUUCCAUUGAACCAACCUCUGAAAUUUUAGUACAAAAAUCUAUAUCAGAAUGUUCAAAUGCUUCAAAUAAACUAUUUAUAGACUUGUCGGAGGAAGCUCAAUCAUCCAAAACACUGAACACAAAGAAAAAGUUGACAAAAAUCCAUUUACCGCGAAUAAGGUCUAUGAUGAAAAAAGAUCCCGAAGUCAGACUUGUUAGUAAAGAAGCGGUUGUCGUUCUUGCUAAAGCUACUGAACUUUUCAUAGAGGAACUUUGUAAGGAUGCGAUGAAAAACACACUACAAGGUACCACUAAACGGAAGACCUUACAAAGAAAAGACCUCGGCCUGAUGUUACGUACUUUACCCGUACUUGCUGUGCCUGAGGUAACAGAAGAAAAGACGGGCGAAGGUUCUUCUCCAGUCAGUACAUUCGGUCCAGGUAAACCGACGAAUGCUGAAACUGUAACUGAUAUUGCUUCCAGUAAGGCACAACAAUAUGAUAUCGAGGUAGCUAUACCUUUUAGCAAGGAGCAACAGUGUGCCGAACCAGUGAUAGCUAUUUCCGUUGGGGACGAAUCAGUGAAAACAACUAAGACAUUUAAGGAUCUACAGACUGAUUAUGAAUCAGAUAAUGAUAUGCCGGCUGUCGGUAAACAAUUGCAACCUGAAAGGAAUUGGACUCUGAAAAACGAUCUGAAAAGUAAUGUAGAAUCUUUAAGGGCUUCCCCUUUCCUUACUACAGCAAUGUCAUUUAGUAAGGACCUGCAGUCAGAUUUCAGUCCAAUUCUGGCCUGUAACAAAGAACUGCAGACUGACGUUGCAACUGAUAUGACCAAGCCCUUUUUCGGAGAACUUCAGUAUGACGCAGACUCAUUGAUGGCAGAACCUUUCAGCACUGAAUUCUUAUGGGAAGCCGAAUCAGUAAAAUCUUUUCCAUCAAAUAAAACGCUGCAAAAUGAUUCAGAGUAA